AAUUGCACGUAACUUGAACCAAGAAUUCACUUGGUUUACCAUCAGCUCCUCCCAUGGAUGUCGCGUUUUGUAACUGAAAUGUAUGCUGUGUCCACGUAAUUAUUAGGCUAUUUAGGUUGUUGAUAGAAACCGGGCAAGUAAAAGGUCAGACAGUCAGCUCCGAGAAAUGGGAACUUCACGUGCGGACACCUAUUUGAUAACCGGUGGGAGUGGAUACUUUGGUUACCGACUGGCCUGUUCACUACUACAAAGGGGGGCUAAAAUCCUUCUGUUUGACAUGAGUCCACCAAGCCAAGAGUUGACUGAAGGCAUCACCUUCCUAAAGGGGGAUGUCCGUGAAUAUGUGCAGGUAGUGGAGGCUGUUACUGGCAUCGACUGCGUUUUCCACAUUGCCUCCUACGGCAUGUCAGGAAGGGAGCAGCUGAACCGCCGUCUAAUUGAGGAGGUGAACGUCCAGGGAACAGAGCACAUCCUCAGGGCGUGUGUGGAGAGAGGAGUGCCAAGGCUGGUCUACACCAGCACCUUCAAUGUGGUCUUUGGAGGCCAAGUCAUUGAGGGUGGGGAUGAGACCCUCCCCUACCUUCCUCUCCACCUCCACCCUGACCACUACUCCAGAACCAAGUCCAUAGCUGAGAUGGCUGUGAUGGCUGCUAACGGGACAGCUCUGGAGGAUGGAAGUGGGGUGCUGCGGACCUGUGCCCUGCGCCCAGCAGGUAUAUAUGGGCCAGGAGAGCAGAGGCACCUGCCGAGGAUAGUUGGCUACAUAGAGGCUGGGAUAUUCAGGUUUGUGUAUGGGAAGCCCAGCAGUCGCGUGGAGUUUGUCCAUGUAGACAAUCUUGUGUCUGCACACAUGCUGGCAGCGGAAGCUCUUUCUUCGGACCAUCAACACCGCUCUGCUGGCCAAGCGUACUUUAUCUCAGAUGGCAGGCCUGUCAACAACUUUGAGUUCUUUAGGCCUCUAGUGGAGGGCUUGGGUUACUCUUUCCCAACACUGCGUUUGCCUGUCUCUCUCAUUUACUUCUUUGCGUUUCUCACAGAGAUGAUUCACCAUCUAAUUGGCCCGAUCUACAACUUCCAGCCGCUGCUCACACGCACAGAGGUGUACAAGACUGGGGUGACACACUACUUCAGUAUGGCAAAGGCCAAGGCAGAACUAGGUUACGAGCCCCGGGAGUUUAACCUGGAUGAGGUUGUGCAGUGGUUCAGAAGCAGAGGUCAUGGCAAAAAACCCAUCUCACCCCUCAAAAGACUGAUGGUCGAUAUAUUCCUGGUGGCUGCCUUUGUAGCUGUAGUUCUCUCAUACCUGCCAGUGGUUGGUAGCUUGUCUGUAGUGUCCGGAUCUCAGUAAUAUUUUGCACCAUUUCAGUUAUCUAUAAUGGUAACAUGUUACUACCUUCACAUUUUCAUCAGAUCAAAAUAAAAAAAUUCUGUCAUGGUCUAAUUUGUAUUCUGAUGAGAUGUGUUCUUUUAAUCACUGUUUUAGAUUGUAAAUGAAAAAAUACUC